AUGACAGCCUCACUCUCGUUUCCACAACUUUCGCUUGAUCUUCCUAACUCUCGAAUGAGCGUGGACUUUUCGAAAUUCGCAACAGAUUUCAGCGCUAUAACAACUGGGGAGCCUGAAAGAUAUAGGGCGCCUUUAAGUUUGGACAGGAUACAUCCUCCGUCAUAUCACGACAAUGAACGACGCGCAAACCCUUACGGACCCUCUUUACCUCAGGUCACGGAGGUGGGAGAGGUAAAUACAAUCCCUCUUUCUCGACCGAGCUCAUUCAGAUGGAGAUGGUACCCGUUGUCAAGAACCGUGUCGAACGCAUCGACAGCCUCAAACACAACUACAGCUGUCUCUUCAACUUUCUCCAACCUUCGAUAUCAUCGCGCCGGACUAGAUCAUGUAAACCUCAAGCAAGUCUUGAACCACCCGAUCUUCUUAGUUUCUCAAGAUUUCCGGAAGGCCACACUCGAGAUCAUUCAUACAAGAUGUCAGUUUGUUAUCGAUCUCCAUAGUAUCUACUACACCAAUGUAAGAUCUACCGUCGAUGCCAAUCUAAAGAAACAUCAAAAGUUCUGGAUGUAUGGCACACCACAAAUGGCCAAAAGUUCUCUCCGAAGCCUCUCCAAACUGCACAUACGGCUCCCUGUUCCAAGUACCGAGGCAGGUGUCCGACGCGGCCGAGACGAGAAGAAUUGGAUGGAUGGCAGUGACGGGAAGGGUGGGGGUGGCUAUCGAGUCAAGAGCCUGAAAAAAGAACAAGAAGAUGCCUUAGAAAUCCAGAAAUGUCUCACGGCUAUCGUAAAUAUGGUCAUGGCAUCGCGAGACGUCUUCCUUGAAGCUCCACCCCUCACUCGAAGCCUCAGUACAUUAUCAUCUCUUCGUCGCAAGCGCAGCACUAGAAUUGAAAGAAGUAAAAGCGCUCAAGAUUUUCGCCCUAGAACGGAACUGAUUGAGGACCUGAGCGGCGUGCGGAAGCCGCUGAAACGCCUGGAGAUUGUGUUUGUCAAGCGAAGUCCGUCGGCUUUGGUGUUGCAGGAAGUGUUAGGUUUUGUGCGGGAAUUGAGAGCUGUGCCGGUCACGGGUUUCUCAAACUAUUACUUUGAACUUAAUGGUCAAAUGAUUAUUUGGGCAACAAAGCGGAGAAAGCGAUGGCAAGGGUUUGAACCAGACGGGAAUAGGCUUCUCAACGAUUUACAAAGACUCACGGUCCCUGAGAAACCUAUCGAACCAUUAAGCUCUCCGAAGGAGUUCAAAUAUGUAGGAGUGGAUAAGAAGAGUCAGCAGCUUCGACUCCUGGACUCUGCGAUCCGGAAGAGUGCGAUUGUACUUGAGGGACCGAAGGUUCCGGAGAAGGAUUUUCCUCCCCCACCGCCAAUCCCUGAACGCUCUGUUCGCCGAAAACUAUUGCCUCGAGCGGAGGCAAAGCUGAGGAGGAGAGUGGAUAGUUUCGCGUUAAUAAUGGAGGAGGGAAUGACUGAACUAGGGUCGAUCGGGACGGUGACGACCGGGCAUGUUAACCCGCCUACAAUUGAAGAUUUGCAAAAGAUUGCGAGGGAUAUUAAGGAGGGGAAUUACUAAUAAUGGGCUAAUGUGCUAUGGCUGAAAGGAGGAAUCUUUUCAGAUAAUAUGUUGACACUCUCUGGAAGUAUAAUCAAACCUGCUCAUCCAUAUAAUUGCCUCAUACCGAAUCCAUAACUUGACUCGCCACCUUUUUUGGCUAGUGUCCACACCACACAUUCUUAAAGCAUUCUACACCAUCGUUGCCACUGUAUCUAAAAUGUGAACUCUGUACUCCUUCUCCCCUCUCUCUCGGCAUACUACGUUGCGCUCAAAUUCGUACAAAACGUGCUCACGGCCUACGCGCCCUGAUUCACAACAGCGUCUACCAUCGGAUUGAAAGUCUAAGCGCCGAAUUCCGU